AUAAUCUCUUGCCUCAUAUCGACACCAUUUUUCUAUUCCAAAAAUCUGAUUCCUGGCCCGAAAUUGAAGACCAAGAAAAUGACAAUGCAACUUCUCCACUUGUCAACAAUUUUCAUGCGUUGAAUGAGGCUAAAAACGCGAAUAAAUUUUUUUAUCAGCCCAUCGUUCUGCAAAUCAUCCAACUCUCCGCGGUUGUGGAGAUUGAUGUCGCUUCAUCUAAAGCACUAUUGAACCUCAAAUGAGCAUAUCGAAUUAUUCUAGGAUAAAUUAGGCUCAAACUACAUUUCUUUGACUCAACCAUCUGGGUAGUGUAUGAGUUGCGUUGUGCUUCGUAGUUGAGGAUGACUCCAUUAUGUUUUGUCCUUGAAAGAUGCAAUAUUUUUGCUGCACUUCACUGAAAAUGGCUUUUAUUUUAUUAAGUCUACUAUUGAUGAUGCAAUCGCCGAGAAUAUCUGCAUCGGGGAUGUUGCAACAUAGGAAAGGAUGUGGAACUUUCCAUAUUAGCUACUUGGGUAAUCCUGGUCAGGAAUUGUUCUAUAUAGAUGGAAAGUUGGUUGACAAAUAUUUCUUCUGCGAGGCUCUCAGAAUAUAUCAAGCGAACCAUUGCUUCGUCACAAGAAAUACCAGAAAUCAGUAUUGUGGAUUGGAAAUUUCAUUAGAAGAGUUGCAUUUAGAGGUGGGAAGAAAACUUUUACAAAGUGUGGUUCGAGAAGGAUCUAAAAAGCACGAUUUUGAUAAAGCAUCUCCAUUGAAAGGGGAUGAAUAUGCUAACAACCCAAUAUUAAGCCCCAAAAUUUUGGCUGUGGCUGUACCAGCCUUCUUUAUUUUAUGUUGCGCCUUGCUUUGCCCAUGCUUUCAAGCAAGAAAAAGGGGACUUGAGCGUACUGUUCUGUCCAAGGAGCCGAAUUCUAUGAACUCAGUUUCAUCUUUAGAAAUGAGCUCUGUUUCUGAGAAGAUUCCUGCCAGUCCACUACGAGUUCUGCCUAGUCCUUCAAGGUUUUCCAUGUCUCCAAAACUUAAUAGGGGUGGAUCUGUUCAUCUUUCUAUGAGCCAAGUUGCCAGAGCAACACAUAAUUUCUCACAAUCACAAAUAAUAGGUAAAGGGGGUUUUGGAGCUGUCUACAAGGCCGAGCUACCAGACGGCCAGGUCGUUGCCAUUAAACGGGCCAAAAAGAAGGAACACUUUGAAGGGCUGCGGACUGAAUUUAAGAGUGAAGUUGAACUUCUGGCUAAAAUUGAUCAUCGGAAUCUAGUCAAGCUGCUUGGUUAUGUUGAUCAAGGAGAUGAGCGCCUGAUUAUUACAGAGUAUGUGCCAAAUGGUACACUUAGAGAACAUCUAGAUGGAAGGAAGGGAAAGAUACUGGAUUUCUAUCAGAGACUUGAAAUAUCCAUUGAUGUUGCUCAUGGCCUAACCUAUCUCCAUCUGUAUGCAGGGAAGCAAAUUAUCCAUAGAGAUGUUAAGUCCUCCAAUGUUCUUUUGACUGAGCGCAUGAGAGCCAAAGUUGCAGAUUUUGGGUUUGCGAGGCUAGGAGAGAUGGACUCUGAGAAAACAUAUGUUUCAACCCAAGUAAAGGGCACAGUUGGUUACCUUGAUCCGGAGUAUAUGAGGACAUAUCAACUCACAUCCAAGAGCGAUGUAUUCUCAUUUGGGGUAUUGUUAAUAGAAAUUUUAACCGGUCGUCGACCUGUGGAUUUGAAGGGACCACUCAAUGACAGGGUGACAAUUAAAUGGGCUUUCAGGAAGUAUAAUGAGGGCAAAUUUUUGGAAAUGUUAGACCCUUUAAUGAAGGAAGCAGUAGAUGAAGAAACGCUAGCGAAAAUGUUUGGUUUGGCCAUCCAAUGUGUAGCACCUACACGAACUGAUCGUCCAGACAUGAAAUCAGUCGGAGAGCAGCUCUGGGGAAUUAGAAUGGACUACUUGAAAAGCGGAAGGAGAGAUUGACAGAAUUAUUUCAUUAACAAUGGACUGAAGGCAUUUUGUGUGGACCUUUUUACACUUAGACUGGGCUGGGCUGGGCACUACAGUACAGUAUUGAGAUAGGCAUGACGAAAUUUAUGAGUUGCAACUUAUACAAUUCAGCAUAUGAAAGGUGUCCAAAACGGUGUUUCCUUUUUCCUUUUCCUAAGUUUUCUGAUUCUGCUCUUUGAGAUUGUUCGUUGGAUAAUAACCAUAUAAGUUUGGAAAAGCCUUGGUGUAUAUAAUUUACGUACAUAAGGGCGUCCACAUGCACAACCCUAUAAGUUUCUAUAUUAGAUAACAAUUUUCCUUCAUAUAAAUUUCUUUAAUUGUUGGACAGACAGAAAAAUAAACAAUUUCCAGAAUUAUCUAUUAACUCUUCCACGGUACAUUUGUCAUUUUGGAAAUA